CAGAAUGGAAGAAAGUUAGUGACAGUCAGAAGAAAGACCUUGGCCUGACAUUUGAUGACAAUGGAGAGUUUUGGAUGUCGUACGAGGAUUUCUGCCACUACUUUACAAGCAUGGACAUCUGUCAUAUGAUCAACAUGUCAUUUUUCUCCUUCAAGAAAACUUGGCGGGAAGGGAAAGUGAGCGGUACCUGGAAGAGACCAGAUCGGGCUGGCGGUUGCGGGAACCACUCUACAUUCCUGAAUAAUCCUCAGUAUAUAUUUGACAUCACGGAGGAUGAAGAGGAAAUCAUGGCGUCUUUAGAACAACAGGAUAAGCGUGUAGAUAAAGGGAAGGAUAAUUAUACCAUUGGAUUUACUAUAUUGCGGGCUGAUUUGAACCGGAAGUAUCGCAUGCAUGACAGGAUGGAGCGUGUUUCUUCCGGACCAUUUGUGCUUUCAAGAAGUGUAUUCAACCGUAUGAAGUUGACGAGAGGUCGUUAUUGUGUUAUUCCUUCAACGUUUGACCCUGGACAAACUGGAGACUAUGUUUUGAGACUGUAUGCUAGUAACAACCUAAAUUUGAUUGAACUUAUACAUGAUGAGCCACAGCCAGGUUCUUGUUGUGGUUUUGCUAUGAAGAGGUCAAAGAUUGCAGCCACUCAAAUAACACUAGUGAAAGCAGAUGGACUUGAGGCUCAAGACAAAGGUUCUACUGCAGACCCAUACUGUGUUGUGAAAUAUGAGGGUAGAACUUUACAGAAUUACCACAAGGAAGAUACCUUAAACCCUGAAUGGAAUGAUCGUUUCACACUUUACAGAAAGAAACCUAACCAGGAUGUUAUUAUUGAGGUUUGGAACCACAACAUAUUUAAGGAUCAGUUUAUGGGCUUCGCCACACUUCCCAUGGACAACCCUCAUCAGUAUACAGGUGGCAACAUAAUCAAGAGAUAUAACCUUGCAGCCAAAGGUAAAGAAGGGCUAAUCUCCAAACCAGGUGGUCUCUGGCUCAAAGUCUUUCACACAGAUAACAUGUCCAUUGUGUAAAAAUUUAACAAUAUGUGAUAUUUGUAAAAUCAAGUAGUCUGAUGGUUCAGCACUUGUUAAUUUUUAUAACUUUGCAUUUUUGAAAUAUGACAAUUCAGCAUUUUUAAUAUCCUACAACUCGGCACCCUUAAAAUUUGGUGAAUUGAUAUCCAUUUCAGCACAUUUUAAUUUUUUAUGAUAUUGAUUGAUGCAUGUGCUCUGAUUUGAAAACGGAUAAUGUAGACAUCAAAAAUAAAAAAAAACAGAGUUUUGAUAAGUUAAUUAUUAUAUCAGAACAUAUUUAUAUGAAUUUAUGGGACAAUUUUGUUUCUUCUUAAACAUUUUUCAUGUUUAUGUUACAAUAUAAUCUCUGCAGAGAAACACCCUUUUGGAGACAAAAAAACAUUUUGGUUGUUGUUUAGAGGUAUUCUAGUAAGGUUAAUUUAAAUAUACUGAAAUUUGACUACGGGAGGAAAUGAUACUGUUGUUGUAACAAAGUAAUUGUUAUACAGAGGGUCACAGUGCAGAGAUUACACUGUAUUAAUAAUUACAAUACUGUUACACUUAACAAGAUAUAUGUUAGUAUGAUGUAUGUUGAUUGUUCUAUUUUAUAAGUAUCAGAAUUUGUAAUGAAAAGUCAGCAAUUUUAUACUCACAAAAUAGAUUUAUAUGUUGAUUGUUCUAUUUUUAUAGGUAUAGAAUUUGUGAUGUAAAGUUAGCAAUUUUAUUCCCACAAAAAAGAUAUAUUUGUUGAUUGUUCUUUUUCUUUAAGUAUCAGAAUUUUUAAUUAAAAGUCAGCAAUUUUACACCCACAAAUGCAACAUUUUAUGGUUUAGUGUUAAUUAUUCAAUGCCUUAUAAUUUAAUUAUGCAACAAUUCUCUCCUCAUAGUCAUAAAUGUUACCAUUUUAUCAGCAUGCUUAUAGAAAUAGAAGCAUAAGGAUAUGCAUGUGUGAAAGUUACGCAAUGAGGUCAAAGAUAUAAUCAUCAAGUCUUGAGUUAUAUAUUUAUAAAUAUCUCAAAAAAUGCUCAUUCAAAAAAAUAUUUCAGAGCUGUCUUUUACUUCACUUUAAUCAUUAUUACGCCAUGUUUGGUGUUCUACACAAAGAUAA